AUGUUCACUUCUUCCUACUUAAUUUUAGUCGCCAUUUGCGGUGCAGCGCAAGCGCUCCCCGAAGUUCGACACAAGCACCUUGCCCGAGCGGCAGCAACCAUCGACGUCGACGUCAACACCAAAUACCAAAAAAUCGACGGCUUCGGCUUCUCCGAGGCCUUCCGCAAAGCCAACAACAUCAAGAACCUCCCGACCAAGGAGCGCGAGGAGGUGCUGGAUCUGCUGUUCAACACCACCACCGGCGCCGGUCUGUCCAUGCUCCGGAUCGGGCUUGGCUCGGCUCCCAACUCCCAAAACGGCGCCAUGAACGCCAUCCAGCCCGUCGACCCGGGUGGACCGGACGCCACCCCGAAGUACGUGUGGGACGGCGAUGACAGUGGCCAGGUCGCUGUCGCCAAAUGGGCAUACGAGCGCGGUGUGCGUGAAUUCUACGCCAACCCGUGGAGUGCCCCCGGCUACAUGAAGACCACCGGCAACGAUGUGGGUGGCGGAUACCUGUGUGGAGUCCCGGACCAGGUCUGCUCCAGCGGAGACUGGAGAAAGGCCUUCGCCAACUACUUGGCCCAAUACGUGAAGUUCUACAAGCAAGAAGGAAUCCCCAUCACCCAUCUGGGAUUCCUGAACGAGCCCGAAUUCGCUCCCAAGUACGCCGGCAUGAUGUCCAAUGCUGCGCAGGCCGCAUCCUUCAUCAAGAUCUUGGCCCCGGCCAUGAAAGCUCAAGGUCUCUCGUCCGUUGGGCUCACGUGCUGCGACUCCAUGGGCUGGGAUGCCCAAGCUAAAAUGACGGCCGAGCUGAAAACCGCGGGCGCCGCGGAUCUGCUAUCACGGAUCACGGGGCACGCUUACAGCAGUGCCUGCGAUGACAAGAUCCCAACCAGCCUUCCGACCUGGAUGACCGAGUACGCCGAUCUCAAAGGGCCCUGGACGACGGAAUGGUACAACAACGGCGCCAAGGGUGAGGGUAUGUACUGGGCCAAUGCGCUCCACGUUGCCUUGACCAAAGCACAAGUGAGCGCCUACCUCUACUGGAUUGGCGUUGAGGGUGGAAAAGUCAACACCAAGCUCAUUCAGGUCACCGGCGAGACCUACGAGGUCUCCACCCGCCUCUGGGCCUUUGCUGGAUUCGCGAGAGCCGCGCGACCAGGCGCCUUCCGGGUCGCUACUACCACUUCCAGCAAAUUGCUCACCAGCGCCUACUUGAACCCUGAUGGGACUUUGGGCGUGGUGGUCCUCAACGAGGAUGCGGCCGAUACUGAAGCCACCGUCUCCCUCGGGGCCUUCAAGGGCCGGAGCGUCACUGCUUUCGUCACAGACAAGACCCGGACCGGUGCAUCCCUGAAUGCGAAGUUGAGCGGAAGCACCGUGUCCGGAUCGAUCCCUGGUCGAUCCUUGGUCACCUUCUUGGUGUCAGGAUCUUGA